AUGUCCUGGUCAAAGGGUGGACUUUGUGGAGUCAAAGGUUCAUCUCAAUCCUUUCCUUCGAAUCUUGUUUGCAGACGGGAUUGGCAAUAUAAUGCUAAUGGUAUUUAUUGUAUUCCUCGGACAUCGGGAUCAGAUUUCUUUCAAAUUUCUUCACCUCCUAGCCGACGAUCUCCAACUUCCAUCUAUCGUCGACCGAAGAUUCCGAAUCUUUUUCAAUAUCUAGUGACAUCGGCGACCCUUCCCGGUAAAGAACGUUACCUCGACCCGUCAUUUCAGCCCUGA